AUGGAUGAAUUUAAAGACUUUAGAUUGUUUGUUGAAAGUAUUGAUGAAUACGGUAAAAAAGCGGGUAUUGUCAAAGUGAUACCACCCAAAGAAUGGAAAACGACUUUACCUAAAUUGCAUCAAUCUUUUGAUAAAAUUAAAAUAACAAAGCCUAUAACACAACAUAUUAUUGGAGGUAAAGGUAUCUACAGUGUAACAAAUAUUGAAAAUCGAAAAAGAUUUACAUUACAAGAAUGGCAUGAUUUAUGUCAAAAGCCCCAUUACCGACCACCAUCACAUAUCAAUCAUCUAAUAAUGAAAAAAGGUAUUUCAAACAUAGACAAUGAAAGAAAGACCUCAAAUGCAUUAUCAUUAUUUGAUUCAAAGUCGAGUAAUUUAACAAUAGAUGAUUAUAAAGAAAUUGAAAGACAUUAUUGGAGAAAUAUUACUUUCUGUCAAUCAAUAUAUGGAGCAGAUAUGGUUGGAACUUUAUUUGAUGAUUCUGUUCUUUAUUGGAAUCCAAAUACAUUAGAUAAUACAUUAAACAAGUUGAAUGUAACUCUUCCAGGUGUUAAUACGCCCUAUUUAUACUUUGGUAUGUGGAAAGCAACCUUUGCUUGGCAUGUAGAGGAUAUGGAUCUUUAUUCUAUCAAUUAUAUUCAUUUUGGUGCACCCAAACAAUGGUAUGUAAUUCAACCCUGUCAUCAAAAGAGAUUUGAAUACUUUAUGCAAAGUAUGUUAUUUAUUAUACGUUUCAUAUUGCAAAUAAUAGACUUAUUACAUGCACUUAUAUAUACAUAUAUAUUCUAUAAAUCUUGUCAUGAAUUCUUGAGACACAAAACGUGUAUUGUAUCACCUAAAGUAUUAGAAGAGAAUAAUAUUCAUGUUCAAAGAUGUGUGCAGGAACCUGGUGAAUUUAUUAUAACUUAUCCCUUUGGUUAUCACGCAGGUUAUAAUUUAGAUUUUAACUGUGCUGAAAGUGUCAAUUUCGCUUUAGAUUCUUGGUUAGAAAUAGGAAGAAAAGCCAAGUCUUGUACUUGUACAGAUGAUUCAGUUGUUAUCGACGUGAAUACUUUAUUCUCUCCUGCUUCAGAUCAAAAAAUAAUACAAAAAUUAUCAAAUAAGAAUCCAUUACGAUGUGUUCUUUGUUCUGAGACUAGUAUUGAAGAUCAUAACUUAUUAUUAAAAUCAACCACCAAUUUAAAGUUUUCAGACAAAGAAUUAUAUGUUCACAAACUGUGUGCUGAAGCUAUUCAUGAAACCUACAUUAUAGAUAAUUUAGUUUAUGGUCUUGAAGAUAUACCCGCUUCAAGAUGGAAACUGACUUGUAUUUUUUGUAAACAAAAGAUAGGAGCUUGUAUGCAAUGUUACUUUGGUAAAUGUUGGAAAUCAUUCCAUGCUACUUGUGCUGUAAAACAGGGUGCUACUAUGAAAUAUAAAACGUCAACUAAAGAUACUCUAAUCCCAUCUUCUAUGUAUGAGGGAUAUUGUCCUCAACAUGAUCCAAAACGAAUAUUAGAAAAACAAGUUCGAAAAGAUAAAUAUAUUCAAGAAAUGACAAAUAAGCUUCAAAUUGGUUCAAAGGUCUAUACGAAAUGGAGAGGUGGAGGUUAUUAUAAAGGUAUCAUAAGAAAAUGUAUCCCAAGUAAGAAAAUAUGUUAUGUUUUAUCUCAACAUGAUGGCAUAUCAAGGCAAAUUCCUUGGAGGGAUAUCUUAUUUGAAUUACCUGCAUCCACUCUAUAA